AUGGCUUGCCCAAUCCACAGCCCUUCAGCCCCGACUGCCUCUGACGCCCCGGAGGAUCCGUCUGAACCCUGCGCAAAAUGCUGCCAGCAGAAAGCCGAGGAAAGCCAUCAAUUCUUGGACUCAGACGUCCAUCGGCCCGUCGCAACGGAAGAUAGCUCUCAGCAGGGCCCUGCCGCUGUUCGUUGGUCGGCACUCAGCAACGAGUACGAAGUGACCGGCCAUGAUGCAGAAGGCCACCCGACUGGAGCUUUCUCUGCCUUGGACGACAGUACUUCUGUCAACUCGCAGCCACUUGAUACGCCUAGCUCUUCAUCUGACGGGCAAAUCGGGACUUCUUGCCCGUUGGCUUGCGAUUCAGCCUCUCAAGAUUCUGGCAAGCUUGCCAUCAGCGAUGACGGCUCCGAUACAGGCGCCAGUUCCGGCUACGGUUGCACUGUUUCGGACGCUGUUCGCGACCGCUUCUUGGCCUGUGAUGGCCCGUGGUCGACGUACAACCGCAGAGUCGAACUUUUGGCCUACGGUUACGAUCAUUACCAGUCUAGCUCUCUCAUUUACGAUAUCGAUGAUGACUGCGGAAACGUUGCACCAUACGUCGGGUAG